AUGGCGGCGAUGGAGGUGGAUAUCAAGAAGGUGGCACCAUCGGGGGAGAACGAUAUGUGCUCGCCGGCAGUGAAAACCAGGGGCGGGGGCGGUGACGGGCUGCGGCAGUAUUACCUGCAGCAUAUACACGAUCUGCAGCUCCAGGUCCGCCAGAAGAAUCAUAAUCUCAAUCGCCUUGAAGCACAGCGCAACGAUCUCAAUUCCCGAGGUUUGUACUAAUAACUUGUUCGCUACAAACCUAGUUCUAUGCACCUGUCUACCGGUUGUUGUGCAGCUCGUACCGUCACAUAUUCCAUAAUGGCACCCAACUUGAAUUGAUAUUUUUUCUUUGUCUAAAUCUGUCUGAAAUGUGUCUCUCUCGAAGAUAAAACCCUGUUCGACGUCGUUCCUGUUCUUUAUUUCUGUCCAUCUGUUUUUGGAAAGUGGCUAUUAUUAGCCAGGGAACACUAACCCUUAUCUUCCAUGUAAAUUUUUUUCCAUUAAAAACAAUUGAUGUUCUCUAUCCUCUAUCUUCAAUUUUUUUAGAUGACAGCUCCACACCUACUCAUCUUGGCCGCCCUACCUGUGAACCGGCUUGUUUUGAUAAUAUCAUAUUUCAUUUAUUCUGGUACUGCAAUUUUUACGAGAUCCUAGGCCAUAUUCCAUCUUAAAACUCGCUCUACAUUUAUGUGGGAUUAGGUCUUGUCUCUAGGAGAAAAAAGAUGUGCCUCUUAUUCACCGGAAGUGAAUCUUCAGUUGUGAUGGGUUGUUGUAUGGAUACUUGUCAUUUAAAAAGGAGUGAUUGAUGUGGUCCAAGGCUUCCUUUUCCUCAGCAUGAAGUUGAAUUGACACCUGGUCGUGAACGAGGAUCAUGAAACUGCGGGCUAUGUUUGGGGACUGGAUGAAACCCCCCCCUCAGAUUCCUAAUGAAGAUUUGGAUCUUGGAGCCUUUUAUAGGACUGCCAGCUUGUGAUCGGUUAGCAACUAUCAUUGCCAAUAUUCGGACCAGUUGCAAGAAAAUUAUAUCUUUGAUGUCCUCCCACUGAGUUUAUGGUGAAUAUUUUGACAGAAAGUGCAUGUCAAAGGGAGGAUAGGUUUAUAUCUUGUACACAUGAGUGGUUCCUUUUUUUUGUAUAAAUCUUCUUUAGGAACGACCAUAGCUAUGAACCUAUAAAAGUUGUGGAGCGUACCUGUUGUAGGAAGAAGUUGUUUUUUGGCGACGAAAGUGUCUGAUUUGAUAUGGUUGCGUUAUUUUUCUCCAAUUCAUCCCUAAUGAAACUUUAAGACGCCAAAAAAUCGUGAGUUUUUGUGGUAUUAUUUAUGCUUUUGCGUUGGUCCUGAUCGUGAGUUUUGUGUGGAUUGUAUUAUUUGGUGAUGUUGGUAAUAUCUGUCUAAAAAUCUAAUUGGAUGAAGUAAAUAAUAAUAAAUCUAGAAGACCCCAUAUCUUUUGAGACAUUCUGAAUCAACAUAUAAUUUGUGUUUCUCGUGUGUUUCCAUCAACAUCUAGUGCCACUUACUUCCUGCUUCUCUGUGAAUUUCGAGAAGCAAAUGAAGUUCUGAUAAGAUCCCAGAUCAAAGAACUACGAAUAAUUCGUAUUAGAUGAAAACAGUCUCUAGAACGGAAAUAAAUAAAGAUAAAGAACAGUAGAAGAACCCAGAACAGAUAGGAAGGUCGCAUACAACCCUCCAAACCUUCUUGUAGAUCCAUGAGAUACUAACACUGGUUUUCCUUCCUGCCCUUCCUUCCUGCCUCCUCUCGUCCUUAUAUCCUGUCCUCUUCCCUUUGCCUUAUUUAGGUAGUUAUUCCUCUUGCCAUAACUAUACUGCUGCUUGCCAUAACUACUCUCUGUCAUAACUGCUCCUUCCCUCAGUGAUGCUGACCUGUCUUAUUGGGCUUGGGCCUUCUUCCUUCUAGAAUAUAUGCAUGGAGGCUUAUCAAUACUCCCUCCCAUGAGCUUCACUCUGUUCUCAAGGUGGAAGCCUGGAAAGUGCUGGUGGAUUGAUGAAGCUAGUUCCCAUGUGGCUGGUCGAUGUGCUCCUUGAUGAAUGUCUGAGAGAAAUUGGGCAGAGCCAAAACUAGUCUGGAAGUUAUUGCCACCUUCAAUUUAUUGAAGGCCUCUUGAGCAUCAGAUUCCCAACGAAAAUAUUUUUUCCUUAGCAAUCGAGUCAAGGGUAAUGAUAAGGUUGCAUAACAUUUGACAAAUAUGUGAUAAUAGUCGGUCAGUCCUAAGAAUCCUUGUAAUGCUUUCAAAUUCUUAGGAGUAGGCCAGUCCCAUAUGGCUGAAUUUUUUCUUUUAUCCAUAAAUACUCUUGCAGAAAUCCAGUGGCCAAGGUAUUCUAAUUGAGGUUGUUGGAAUUGACAUUUUUUGGUAUUCAUAUAAAGACUAUUAACUAUGAGUAGAAGGAAGACAUUAUCCAGAUGUUCAUCAUGUUCCUUCUGAAUCUUGUUAUGCACCAGGAUAUCAUCAAAAAAUACCAAUACGGUCUGAAUAUAUCAUUUAGUAAAUACGAAAAUGUGCCUGGGGAAUUAGAGAACCCAAAUGGCAUAACCUUGAAUUCAUAGUAACCUUGCAUUCCUAGUAUGACAUAUGUACUGCUCAGAUCCAGGGGAAAGAAGUCUUGAAUAAUUUGGAGAUCUUGGAUCUUUAGUGGAUUGUAAUGACAUAUCUCAUGACCAUGCACUGUAUGCCCAUUGCCCAUCACAAUAUCAUAGCUGUGGAAUUUGUUGACAUGUAAGGAUAGCCCUUCCUGUAGUUUGUUACAGAAAAAAUUGUGAGUAGCACUUGUGUCUAUAAGAUCGUGACGUGUUUAUCUUGCAUGAUGUCAUUGACCUUCAUAGUUCUGUGGUGAAUCAAUCCCAUGAUAGAAUUUAAUGAGACAUGGGUUGUAAAUAAAGUAUCUUCCUCUUGUGAACAGUGCUCAAGUGGAGCCCAGUCUUCCUCCUGUAAGUCUACUUGGGACUUCUCCUCCUUGUUCCUUCAUUCUUGUAGUACAGCUUCUAUCAACUAGAUCUGUCUUUGACUUCCCCUAUUAUUGCUCAGAUUUCGUGGAAUGUAUUUGGACGUCACGUCUUUAUUGGAGGCACUAGCUGAUGUCACUUGAGUUUUCUCCAAGUUCAAUUACUCAUUUUUGAAAGUAGAUGUCAGAGGAGUUCUUUGCUGUUGCAGAUUAUAAGCAGCUGUGACAUGUUUCUGUGGUCUUGGUUGUUCUUGCUUCCAUGCUUGCCAUAGCAUACGGAUAUGAGCUUCGGCUUGUACUGAAAUAUCUAGAAUUUCACGCAACCCAAUAGGCUUGGACAGAUAACUCUGAUUGGAUCUCAAGUUUGAGUCCUUUCAAAUAUGUAUGCUCUAGUAUUUCUGUUGGUAUGUUCGGAAGAUAGGUUGAGAGCCAUUCAAACUCUGCCCUAUACUCUAGUAUUGAACUCUCUUGUUUCAGGUUCACAAGUUUCUGAUGCGUGUUGCUAGAUCCUGAUGAACCAAAUCAACCAUUAAGUUGGAUUUUAAAAUCAUACCAGUCAUGGAACAGAAAGCGAUCUUCCAUCGACAGAUAGCAAUCUAAGGCAUCACCUUCCAUGCUCAGCAUUAUUAAUUCUAGACAUUUGUGUUCUUGCAUGUGGUUAAUACGAAAAUACAUCUAAGCCUGCCGCAACUAUCCAUCUGGAGUAUCACCAUUGAAGUUUGGAAGCUCAGUUUGACAAUUGGGCUUGUAAAUGCCCUCCCUUUGCUGUAGAUUUUGAAGUGGUUGUGGUUCUAGUUGUCUCUGAGUCUGCUCUUGUGGAGUUUCAUGUGGCAGGCGUGUCACCAAAAUUAUUAGUUGUUGGGUAAAUUGUUGUAGUAUUUCAUCAGUACCCUUGUUGUCUUCUUUAAGAGCUUCGAUAUCAGCUUCAAGAGAUUCCAUCCUCACAAUAGUGAGCCCUUUAAUCAUACAGGAAUAGCCCAGUUUGGCUUUGAUACUAGUUGAUAAGAUCCCAGAUCAAAAAACUACGAAUAAUUCGUAUUAGAUGAAAAACAGUCUCUAGAACAGAAAUAAACAAAGAACAGAUGGGAGCGUUGCAUACAACCCUCCAAACCUUCUCAUAGAUCCACGAGAUAUUAACACCGAUUUCCCUUCCUCCCCUUCCAUCCUGCCUCCUCUCAUCUUUAUUUCCUGUCCUGUUCCCUUCGCCUUAUUUAGGCAGUUAUUCUCUUGCCAUAACUGCACUGCUCCUUGCCAUAAUUGCUCCCUGUAAUAACUGCUCCUUCCCUCAGUAUCGUUACUGUCUUAUUGGACUUGGGCCUUCUUCCUCCUAGAAUAUGUGCGUGGAGGUUUAUCAAGUUCCUUGUUGUUCCAGGGUUUUACUGUUAUGUCAGUCUUGUCAAUUCCCUUCUAAUCUGUGCUGUCAGUCUAGCGUGUUGUCAUUGGGUGUGUUUCUAAAUGGUGAGUAAGAUUUUGUUUUUUUACUUGUGUCACAUUUAUUUUAUUCUCUCUCUCUAACUCUACUAUCAUCAGGCUUUUUAAUUAGUUCAUAGCUUGAUAUAUAAGACUGCACAAUGGAGUGAAGAAAAUUAGUGAAGAAACUGGGCUAAGUAUAAUACCUUUUUUUUCCCUCGUGUAGCGACCUCAUUAUGCCUCAUGGGCAACUUGUGUACAUUCACAAUUGGGAGGAGUUUUAUGUCUCCCAUAAGCAUACUUGGUUAAGGAAAUCUGGUAGUAGUGGAUGAAUGGAAUUGGCAAAGAGCAAAUUGGAUGUCGUAGGAUAGGCUGACAUCACUAUCUCGUGGAAUAGAGAAGAAUAUUGGUUUAAAGUUAAAUCCUGGUGUCCUUUCAAUUCCCAAUUAUUUUUUUUCUAUCGCUUAAUACUUGAAGUAUGAAAAGUUCUGGCUAAUUCUCGUUUUUUUUUUUUUUUUUGGGAUUUUCAUCUAUCCGUGAUAAUUAUUUUAGGCCUAUCCUCUCUCUAGAUUGCAUCUUUGUUUCAAUGUUUUCUAGUUUUUCCUGGAAAUGAUUUCCAGUUAUAUAUAACAUUUUUCAUUCUAAAAUGGCCUGAUUCUUGUUUGGAAGUCUUAAUUAACGGAAAAAGUUCCAUGGAUUGAUCAGUGAGAAUGUUGCGGGAGGAAUUGUUGCUGCUUCAAGAACCUGGAUCAUACGUUGGUGAAGUGGUGAAAGUAAUGGGAAAAUCAAAGGUCUUAGUGAAGGUAAUUGCCAAGCUCAGAUGUCCUUCUGAGGAACUCGUGUUUAUUUAUUCUCUUGCCAGUUGUGCUAGUGUUCCAGCACUACUUUACAUGUUUAUUUCGUUUAAUCCAGAACGACGAUUUUCAUUUAUCUAUUCGUUUUCAAUAGCGCUAGUCAACGGUUAGAAGGAAGGUGUCAUCCCGAGUACCUUCAGCUCUCCUGAAGGAGAAUUAAGAUCCAAUCAGACUGAACCAGUUUAUCUAGGUCAACUCAGAACAUACCGCUUGGCACAAUCCUUAUCCAAAGUAUUCAUUCUCUGUGAAUGAACUUGGAUUUCUCCACCUUCAGCAUCGUGGCUUAGUCCAUUGAAAACAUGAUGUGUUCCUCUCUCACUACUCAGACUAGCAUAUGACGGAAAUAGUAUAUGUUAUCCACACUCUUUUCUUCAGAUAUUUCUCCUCCCUUUGGAUUUGGCCGAUAGUGUUCUUGUUCUGGAUUACGUUACACAAAUGAUUAAUUCAUUUGCUCAUCUGCCGUCAAAUUCAGUAAAUGGCGCGUUUUUCAAUUCUUUUUCGUGUCAAUAUUUUUGAUAUUUAUUGCGGAAAACAGGUUCCCGCUUUUCCCCCAUUAAUGAGUUGACUUCACUCUUUUCUCAGGUUCAUCCAGAAGGAAAGUAUGUCGUUGACAUUGACAAGAGCAUCGACAUAACAAAAAUAACACCGUCGACUAGAGUUGCCCUUCGCAACGACAGCUAUGUGCUUCACCUGGUCUUGCCCAGCAAAGUAGAUCCGUUGGUCAAUCUCAUGAAGGUCGAGAAGGUCCCCGACUCCACCUACGACAUGAUCGGUGGCCUUGAUCAGCAGAUCAAAGAGAUCAAAGAGGUCUGCAUUCUUUUUCUUUCCCCUUCAUAGAUUGCAGGUUGACUAACGGGGGGGGGGGGUGGUCAACUUCACUCAGGUCAUAGAGCUUCCGAUCAAGCAUCCCGAGCUGUUUGAGAGCCUGGGCAUCGCUCAGCCAAAGGUAACCUUCUUCUCUCUCUGCAGAGGGUGUCCUCCUCCUCUCAGCCAAAGGUAACCUUCUUCUCUCAGGGUGUCCUGCUCUACGGCCCCCCUGGAACGGGGAAAACCCUGCUGGCCAGGGCUGUGGCGCAUCACACAGACUGCACCUUCAUUCGAGUCUCUGGCUCCGAACUGGUCCAGAAAUACAUCGGAGAAGGCUCCAGGAUGGUCCGUGAGCUCUUUGUCAUGGCCAGGUACUAUGAUUUUCUCAUUCUUUUUUUUAUUAUUUUUUUCUUCUUUGAAAAUAAAAAUAAAAAUUCGCCGAAGCCAUUUAUCUAAGUCGGUGGAGGCUGUUCGUACUCGGACUAAUGAUCAUAAAGUCGUGAUGAAAUUUUUGCAGUAUAAUAUUUUAUCAAGGUUUGGAUGUCCUAGAGUGAUUAUUAGUGAUUUUUUAUUAAAAAAAUUGUUUUGAAAAAAAAAUAUAAUCUUCUUUCGUAGGGAGCAUGCCCCGUCGAUCAUAUUCAUGGACGAGAUCGACAGCAUUGGCUCCACUCGCAUGGAGUCGGGGACCGGAAACGGAGACAGCGAGGUGCAGCGCACCAUGCUCGAGCUUCUCAACCAGCUCGACGGGUUCGAGGCGUCGAACAAGAUCAAGGUAUGAUUCCAUAUGAUCAUCGCUCGAUUCUGUGUCGGAUCGAUGUUAAUUCUGUGGGUGAUGUUAAUUCUGCAGGUGCUGAUGGCCACUAACCGGAUUGAUAUUCUGGAUCAAGCCCUCCUCAGGCCCGGUCGGAUCGACAGGAAGAUCGAGUUCCCCAACCCUAAUGAAGAGGUAGUACCAGUGGUGUCGUGAUCGUCCCAUCGCAGGCCGGGUUUCUUUACCUUUUUAGGCAAAACCAGUGGCCUUUCGCUGUGUUCAUCUCACCCUGCGUUUGUUUUCAGUCUCGCUUUGAUAUUCUGAAGAUCCACUCGAGGAAGAUGAACCUGAUGCGGGGCAUUGAUCUCAAGAAGAUCGCAGAGAAGAUGAACGGUGCGUCCGGCGCCGAACUGAAGGUACUUGAUGAUCCUGGGCCCUUAUCAUUUUGCUUCUCUCUCUUCUACAUCAUUAUUUUUAUUUUUUUUACCAUAAUCUCUCCUUGACUUGCCCAAUAAAAUACCAAAAUCAGAAAAAAAAAAAAAACAUCAUUUUUUAUUUUCUUUUACCGUAAUCUCUCCUUGAUUUGGAAAUUAAAAAUAAGUAACCAGAAAAUUAAACCACUUUCUACAAAUAAUCUAUUGAGUUUCACAUCAUUUUUUAUUUUUUUAUUUACCGUAAUCUCUCCUUGGCUUGCCGAUUAAAAUAGUCAACCAGAACAAUAAGCCACUUUUGGCCAUGAUCUACUAUAAUCGUUCGCCUAAAAUAGUAACCUCCUGAGCUGUCCCACGGCAGGCCGUGUGCACGGAAUCCGGGAUGUUCGCCCUUCGAGAGAGGAGGAUCCACGUCACCCAAGAAGACUUCGACAUGGCCGUGGCCAAGGUCAUGAAGAAGGACACGGAGAAGAGCAUGUCCCUCAGAAAGCUCUGGAAGUAA